GCAGCCAUCUUGCAAACUGGAAUCGAUGAAAAUAUGUGAUCGUAAAUUUCAAAGUGGAUUAUUUCAUUAUAAAUUGCACAUUAAUGUAUAAACUUGUGGAAUUAGAACUAAGAUAACCCACUCGAAUAGAUGACAUUGAAGUUUUAAUUGAUUUUAGUCAUGGCGUGCCAAAAAUCGCUCGUUUUUAGUGUGACAUGUUUCGUGUUGUGUACUUUUCUGGGUUGUGCUUCUGGUGCUGGUUACACAAAAGUUGUGAACGGCGAUAUUAUCGAGCCCCAUGACCAAUGUGAGCCCAUAAAUAUCCCCUUGUGUAAGGACAUCCAGUAUAACCAGACGAUUAUGCCAAAUCUUCUCACCCAUACGAAACAAGAAGAUGCAGGAAUGGAGGUUCACCAAUUUUACCCGCUGGUUAAAGUACAAUGCAGCAAGCAGCUGAAAUUCUUCUUAUGUACCAUGUAUGUGCCGGUGUGCACCGUUCUUCCUGAGGCGAUACCUCCGUGUCGAAGCCUCUGUGUUGAAGCCCGGACAGGUUGCGAGACGUUGAUGAACAAAUUUGGUUUUGAGUGGCCAUCUAGUCUUGACUGUGAUAAGUUUCCAGUGAAUGGAUUGUGCGUAGGUGAAAAUACCACAGAUCCUCAAAUUACGACCACGAAAACACCAACACGCACACGUUGGCCCACAGGCGGUGGUGGUGGCGGCGGGGGCAAUAAUGGAGGAGGUGGAAGUGGUGGUGGAACUUUCACAAUCAAUCCAAACUACCGCAAUGAGCUACUGGAGUGUCCCUUGCAACAGAGCGUACAUGACUAUGAUUAUAAAGUGCGCAUAGGCGACAUAGUUAUACCCGAUUGUGGAGCACCUUGCAAAGAUAUGUUCUUCAGCGAAGAUAAGCGUGACUUUGCCAGACUGUGGAUUGGCAUAUGGUCCUUUAUAUGCCUCGCAUCCACCAUGUUCACAGUCUUGACCUUCUUGAUCGACAUGCAGAGGUUUCGCUACCCAGAAAGGCCCAUUAUCUUUCUGUCGGGUUGUUAUUUCAUGGUUGCGCUGGCCUAUGUUAUAGGCUUUUUUCUGAAGGACGAUUAUGCAUGCAGUGUGUUCACGCACAAAGACCAACACCACAAUGUAAUUCGGCAAACAGAACCACUGAUUACUCAAGGAACGAAGAAAGAGUGGUGCACAAUACUUUUCAUGUUGCUUUACUUUUUCAGCAUGGCAUCUUCCAUCUGGUGGGUCAUAUUGACCUUGACCUGGUUCUUGGCUGCGGGCAUGAAAUGGGGGCAUGAGCCAAUAGAAGCAAACUCCCAAUACUUCCAUUUAGCUGCAUGGGCUGUGCCAGCUAUUAAAACAAUCGCUAUUCUUGCCAUGGGCCAAAUUGACGGUGAUGUAUUGAGUGGCGUUUGUUAUGUUGGAAUCUCGGACGUUGAUGCUCUACGCGGAUUUCUCAUUGCCCCACUGGUUGUGUAUCUGAUCAUUGGAACAUCUUUCCUUCUCGCUGGUUUCGUGUCUCUUUUUAAGAUUCGCACAAUCAUGAAAUCAGAUGGUACAAAGACGGAUAAGCUUGAAAAACUCAUGGUCCGCAUUGGGAUCUUUUCUGUACUGUACACCGUGCCAGCUACUAUAGUAAUUGCGUGUUAUUUCUAUGAACAAUCAUCACGCGAGGCUUGGAUGACCACAUGGUGGCUUAGUCGUUGUAACGAAUGGUUGAAGGAAACUGGCAGUGAAUACCUGUGCCAGAUUAUGGACAACAAGCAACUUAAGCCGGACUUUAAUGUUUUCAUGAUCAAAUACUUAAUGUCUGUAAUUGUUGGUAUUACAUCUGGCGUGUGGAUUUGGACUGGAAAGACGCUAAACUCUUGGCAGGGUUUUUACGGAAGACUGUGCGGAACGCGUACUCCUCGAGAUCAUGAAGCUGUGGUCUGAAUGUUAUCUUGAGUCAAAUUUGGUGAUUAAUAUACAUGUGUAUCAUCUGAGUGAAACAAAGAUAUAUAUGUUUUAUAUUUUGAAUAGCUAAUUGCCAUAGUGUCACUUCGGAUCUUAAGAAGUGCUUGCAUGAAGAGGCUUCAGCAUCAGUUAAAAGUGAGUUGGGAAAGAAGUCACUUAGUGUUCAGGACAUGUUGUGGUUUGAAUUGCGCAAUUAUGUGCUAAAAUCAUAAGAAGUGUUUCGAUGGUGCUGUGAAAUAUUGAUAUUAGUAUAGUCUGUAGAAAGUCGUCAUUGAAUGAUGAAGGGCUUACUAUGUCGUACCCAACAGUCAAACAGGAAAAUCUGUGGUUUUAAAUAUAAUAUUUCAGCCGAUUACAAGUGAAACAAAGUGUAACUUUAUUCUCCCCUCUGAAAAAGACAAGUACUUGUUGCCAGAUGACUCUGGCCCUCUGAAUGAGACAAGUACUAGUCACCAGAAAAUGUGCCCUAAUCAUCAGAAAUACAGAGUAGCUGAGCCUGUCUUGAAAACUGAAAAUACCUUCUGUCAAGCUAGAAAUUGUUCAUUGUCACACUGUGCACUGUGGGGCUUUGAUCGGAGAUUUGAAUUGUCUACCUAUUUCAAGAACUUAGUCAACAGUUGAACAUUUAUCUUAGUAGUACAAUGUAGACAUACAUUAUGAGGACAUGUUCUUGAACAUGUAGUUUUAGACUUUGUUUUAAUAAUAUGCUUUCAUCAAGUGUUGCUUUCAAAGAAAUAGUGCCAGUGAUUUGAACGUUUUUGUCGUACGUCAUCGCAAUAUAAGCGAACAUACUGUACAAUGUACAAUGUAGUACAGUGAUUGAGUAUUUAAUUUUAUGAUUCGUAUUGAGAUGUUCUGUUGCCUUUCAUGAUUAUAAAAUGUUUUUUUGAGCCUAAUUGAUCAGCAAUAUACCAUAUUUAAGGUCCCAACUUCUUGAAAUUUCUUAGCUUUGAAACAGUUUUUAAAUAGGUUAUUUCAAUUAGCUAAAAUAUGGGGGUAAAUUAUUGUUUUGAUUAUUAUAAAGACAAUCACUAUUUAAAGUCUAAAAUCAUCAAGAAGUAAAUAUGACACAUAUUGUUAUAAAAAUAAAAAUAGUGAGCUUAGUUUAAUCCUGUUCUUUAUAAGGAAUUUAAGAAGUUCGAGAAUUUGGGUUAAGUCUUUUAACGGGGUCUGAAACACAAGAGUCUUGGGGCCUAGUUUUCAAGUCAAAUUAGGAUUAGAUAUUGAAUGAAGGCACUAACCCUUGGUUUGUUUAAAAAUUUGAUUUCUCUUUUUCUCAUAGAAGGCAGACAUUAACAGUAACUUCAAAAUGUUUUGAAGUAUUAGUUCAUGUAAGGUACAUGUGUAUAUUGCUAAUUAAUUAGUGUUUAACUUCAAAAGAUUUAAACUUAUCAUGUUUGUGUGCAGAUUACAAGUACAUGUAUAAUGCUGUUUGUGAAAAAUUGACUCAUACUGAAGUUUUAUUAGUUACUCUGUGAUUUUCAAGUAAUUUCACUCUUACAUUUUACUAAUAGGAAUAUUUCCUAAACGGGGUCUAUUUUUUAUUUUUUUAAUACAAUUUUGACUCUAUAUAAGACUGUAAAUGGCUAAAUUUUUAAUUUAUCUAAAAUUAUUUUUGUGGCAUCGCAGUGGAAGUGGUCCAUUGACUAUAGGUUAAGUCAUUUCUUUUGUUAAAUCAAUAUUUGGUUGAAAAUGAGUUUGAGGAUAAAAUAGGCUGGCAUAGUAUGUUCUAUAUUCCAUUGUGUCCAUAUCUUUUUUCAUCUUAUUUUCUUCAGACAGUGAGUUAGAGAGUGAUUUGUUACAGUUAAAUAGGUUAUAUGCUCGCUGAAUGGUUACAGAUAGGACAGAAAAGUUUCUGUUUUUUAAUUAUUUAUAAUUUAUUUAUGUGUAAUGAUAAAAAUGACAAUUAGGUUGUGAAAAUGUACAUGUUUCAUACUAUUGUUUUUUCAAUUUAUUUAAAGAGUUGUGACUGUAUUAUUUAUUAAUUAAACAACGGUCAUUUCAUUGUAUGGUUAAAAAUGAUUCAGGUUUAAAAAAACAAUUAGUAUUUUUUGUUUAUUUUUUUUGUUUCAUUUAAGAUUGUUGCUUUGAAUUUGGCCUUUUUAAAAAAUUCAUAUUAUGGUUAACACGAUAUAUAUGGACAACUUCAAUUUAACCCCUCCAAAAAAAUACUCUGAUACAAUUCUGAAUAACAUGUGUACAGCUUUGUAACAGCUGAUUAAACUAUAAAUUUCAAGAAAUAACUUAAACCUGGAACUGAACACAGCACAGAUUCUCAAGAUUACAUUAUGACUAAGUUUCCUUUGAAGGUUGGAUGUAGGAGCAUCUGUUUGUAAGCAUACGAUGGAAGGUAAUAGGGGAGGGUUUUUGUACGCAAUUCUGUGAAGCACAUCAUUUUCAGCAUUGCACAAGAGAAACCAUAAAACUACACAAUUGCAGUGUCUGUUUUUGCUAUAAUUUUAGGAAGCAAGAAUUUCUCUGAGCUUCCCUGGGGGAAAAUUGCCAUUUACACAUGAAUAAUUACAAAUGAGCUGGUUAAAGUAGCAGACAGUGAAUUUGAAAAACAGCAGUCCUAGAAAUAACACAUUGCGAUGAACAUGCCUGAAUUCUAACACUUCUGCUUAGCAUUGCAAACAUUCAACAAGUCCUUCUAAUUAAAAUUCAGAAUUUGAAUUUGAGUAAUUCCAGAAAGCAUUUAAUUUGUGCAGCGGUUUGUGCAUAUUGCCACCACUGAAAUAGGAAUGUAUAAAUUGUCAUGUUGUUAGCAUUAAGGUCGUAGUAGUGUAUUAUUUUGUCUGUAAGAGAGUACACACAUGUACAUAUUAAGUAUUUUGAUUUGGACCGUACAGUAUGAAUAUUAUACUGAGAUUUUGUCAACACAAACACAUCUAAAAACAUCACAGUACUGACUUCAAGUUAAUUGAAAAAUUUAGUAUGGUCAAGUAACUAACUGAAGUUACUAGCAGAGUUAUCUAAUUGUACACUUAACUGCCCACAUUUAACAAAAAUAAUUCCCGAACAUUAAGACGCCAGAUUGAGAGUUUGUAGGCAAAAAACAUCAAGAAUAUAGUACAUGCUCACUGAUGAUGGCUCGUGAUGAAUUUCUUGGUGAGAUAUAUUGACUUCCAUAUGUCUGCCUGAACCUGUAAAACUAUAGCUUCCACAGCUGUGGAAUUGUCGACAAGUGAAUGAGCGAAAUCUCAGAACAGGGAUUGAGGAAAAGGUUUUCGGUUCUGUUUUUACAGCUAUGUUAGACAUUUUUUAGUGUAAUCCUUGUUUUAUGACUUGUAUGAUUCAGUGCAUGACUUUUAUACAUGCUUUAGAUGAUGUUAAUUUCUUCCAGUUCCUGCUCCUAGUCAGACUGACUUUGACUUGAAGAAACAGUUUUUUGUAAGGAGUAUAACUAUCAUACUCUGGUAUUGAAGAGUAAAUACAUAUUGAAACUUAAUUUGAUUGUAACCUAUGCAUCAGGAAGUUCGAAAGUAUAUUUCUCCCUUAAAAUGGACAGAAACAUGCAAAAUUAAUCUUUGGAAACACAGAAACAUCAAUGUUUUGAAUGAAGCCCUGUCUGUGUACUUUUUAAGAAUUUAAGAUCAACAAGCCUGAAUUCUAACAUAUAUAUUUCUAAGAAGUUGUUACAAGCUUUGCUAUAUAUAAAUUCUUAAGUUUAAACAAGCCUGGGUGAAUUUUUUACCGCCUCUGCUGUUUCGUAGAAUUAAAAUGUUUGGAUUAGCUAAGACCUUACAUUGUAGAUAUAAGAUGUGAACCACCAAUGGCUGGGUGACCAGAAAACCCCAUUGACCAAUGGCUACUAACAUUUUAAAAGUUUUGAACAAAGCAAUGUUUAAUCAGGUUUUUCAGGAAAAUUGCUACAAACUGACAUAUUGAUCUGAAUGAAUUAACAGAUUUUGGCUACUUUUAAUUUCUAAGGGGCCAGCUAGGAACCCUGAAUGGAAAAUAACAGAUCUGGACUGAUGAUUCACAAAACUGACCAUUUCUGAGUUGAUUAUAGCACAUUUGUGUUUUUUUUCUGUUACUAAAUCCAGUGAGUAAUGUUAUGGUUUGGGAUUAGGAAUGGAGAAUAGAAGCCUAAAUCAAUAUUCUCCAGCCAAGAUAGAAGCUGGCAUUGUCUGAAUUACCAAUAUCCUGUUCCAAGACCAGAAAAAAAAAGUCUGAAGCUAGAUACAGUGUUGUUUGCAGUCCUGGCAACAAGCUAUGUUUUUCAUUUAAAUUCACAAUGGUACACUCAUGUUUUUGUGCGAUGCAUGUCUGAGUAGUUUAUGCAAAUUUGAAAAUGCUAAUUAUGUCCUUCGUAAAUUACGACUUGAUUUUUGUAAGAGUUACAAUGUACAUUUGCUAUUCAACUGUAGAAGCAUUUAGGAGUUUUUGUACGCUCAUCUGUUUGGUUCAAAGAAAAACAAUCCGGGUAUUUGCAAAAACUUUAACAUUGACCAUAACACUUAAAAGGUUCAAGAUAUUCAUAUGAAACUUGGUAAACAUGUUGCCAGAGGUAAUAUGCACACAAUUACAACAAGGCCCGUCACUCUAGCUUCAAGUUGUUGAAACAUGCCCCUUGUUUGAUUGAGAAAAACAACAGAGAAGUGUUUGUGUUCUAGCCUUGUUGCUUUUAUUCAGAAAACUGCUACGGUUACAGUAGUUGAAAUUAGCACAAGCCCGCAAGCCCUGCACUGGCAAAAUGUCUUCCAGGCUUGCUCACAUUCUGAAUUUUAUAUAGCAGGGCUUGUUCAUAAAUAUGAUUCCAUGCAAUAGUAUAAGAAUUCGGGCUUGUUCAUCCAAAAUUCUAAUUUCGAUGACUGCGGUUAAAGUUCUUAUAUUUUCCAUGAUGACAUAGCUGUAUUAACUAUGUAUCUUCUAUUUUUUUAGCAAUAUUGUAACAGUCAUCAUUUUAUAUGGAAAUCAAGCUGAUAUGAUAUUUAUUCCUUUAUUCACAAUAAAUAAUACAGAAGAACUAUAGAUUAUAUUUCACAGAUUUGAUUAAUAAUAGCUAUCCUAGGCUGUGUAUAAUGUGUUAUCAUCAGUAAACGAUCAUGAAACUCCCUCUAUAACAAUAAUAUUGAUAUAUUGAUUGCGAAUAGAAAUAACUUAACCUAUGAAUCACUUAAGACCAUUCAAUAUCAGGGAAUUUUCAUUCUAGACUUGAGGAGUGUGCAAAGCCAUUUUCUUCAAAAAACAACUUGUAGUUUUCAAAGAUUUCUGAUUAUUCUGCAGUGUUUUCUCCCACUUUUCUGUAAAUGGAGGGAAGGUCAUAAGAAUGGUAAAAUUUAAGCUUCAACAUGUCUCAAUUCUUGAAUUUACACAAGUUUUAUUUCAAAUAUAGAAACAUAGCAAAGCCUGCUUAAAGCUCCUGAGUUUGAAGAAUUAAAUAGCCUAAGAUUGAAUUGAAAGUUUAAAACAUAUUUGUACUAGCUUUUAAGUAGAAAAAGUAUUUGUAGCUGGAGUUUUUCACUGUACUGAUGCAGUGGAUCUGGUACAUAGUUCUCAUGUAAGAUCCUCCAUUUCAUGGUUCAUGCUUUUUAUGCUUUUUGGAAGGAAAAAACAACAUUGAUAUACUUCUUUAAAAAAAGGUUGUCUUUAUUUUAGAGUUUAGACAUUAAAUAUCUCUUCAUCAAGAUAUUUGUUGCCAUGGUAUACAUUACAGAAGGGCACUUUUGUUCUAUUUUAUGCUAAGGCAUGGUUAUCUUCUGAAAGUUGAUACUAUCAGAUAGUGUUAAUUAUGGUAAUUUGCAUAAAUUAGCAUUUAUUGUAAACUUCAAAGGAAAAAGUAAGAUAGCCUAUAAUUUGAAUGAAGUUAAAGUUUUUUAGGUGAACUUGUUGGGUUAUUAAACUUGAUGCAUAAUAUUAUUAGUCAUAUUUCAUCAUUAAGCAUAAAAUCCUUCCUCUACACUGUUCGCAAAUAAAUUAUAUGACACACUUGUAAACAAAUUAAAAAUUAAUUUCAGAAAAGAUGGUAGCUUGUCACUUUGUUUACAACAUUUUAGUAUAAAGCCCAGUUAGCACAUCAAAGUUUUAUUUGUCAAAUUCUUCAUUAUACUUUCAAAUUUAUGUUAACUAUGCUUUUGCCCUGGCUAGCUUAUGACUGUGUCUUUGUGUUUAUAUAAAAUGUCAACAUUGAAAAUGCUAAUUGUUGCUAGAAUUUAUACAAGAUCGUUUGUCAUUUCGUAUAAAGUUCUUGUCAAGAUGAAAAAUACCAUAAAUUAGAAUACUCCAUUAAUUUUAAGUACUUUUCAUCACUAAAAACAUUGUGGCUGACUUGUUAAUGAUGAAAACUGCUCCUUUUAAUGGGCAUUAAGUAAUCACCAGAUCAAAAUGUCAUGUUGGGUUUAAGAACAAGAGGAUGUCCCAACCCCCCCUCGCCCCCUUGCCAUACGCCCCCAAACAACCCCCUUCCCUUCCCCAUUUGGUACCCCCCUCUCCCUAAUGCACCUAAUACCCCAUCAUUUUCUACCCAAAUCCAGCAAAUUAGAUAUUUUUUUAACAUUUAACUAUUUUUAGAGUCUGCAUACAAAAUAAUGAAACAUACCACCUACCUGAGUAACUCCUUAAAACCCCCUUGAAUACUGCAUACCAAACCUGGGAGUUACAGCCUCAAAUAUCUAAGGCAAUUAAUAGAUAAGAAAGGUAAUGUUAAAUACUAGUUAAUAAUGCAUUUAUUUAAGUGUUUUUAAGCCUUAACUUCAGUAAAGGUAUUUCUUUCGUCAUGACUAUUUGACAGUUGACACAAAUGGUAUUCUUGUAAAAAUCUUGACUGGGGAAAUUUAAAAACUGGAAUGUCAAGAUGAGAGAAACAUAAAAACCAGGCCAAGAAUGUUAAAAGGUUUUGCUGUUGUAUCACAGAUACAAAUUAAUUAACUUUUCAAGAUGUUCUUAGGAGAUGUAACAGUGUUUUUCAUUUUGUUUUAUCAUUUAUGGCUAAGCAGGUUUGGCAAAUUAAAUAAGUUUCAUAUUUUAUUGUCUAUAAAAAAUAGUGCGCUUAUGAUAUAGCCUUGAUCUGUUGGGAAGAAUUGAUAAAAAAGCAGCCAUGUUAACAUGUACAAAAAAUAACUUUAUAUGUAAAUCUUCUGCUUUGCAUGCAUAACAGGAAAUAUCAUACAGUGUUUUAAAUGCACAUAAGCUAAUCAUUGUAAUAAAUCACAGCAAGUGAUUUAUCAUGUGCUGAUCAAUUAUAAAUAUUUUCGAAUGGUGAACUGGUACAUCAUUUCUUGCAAUAAAAUGCCAUUGAAUAAUGUGAAAAGGUUAAAAGUUGAAAUGAGUGGGCUCAUUUGAUUGGAUAAAAGACUGUGUAUGAUAUACAUAUGAGGUAAAAUCAUAAUAAACAUCAUGUACAUGUUUACAUAUAUAUGUGUUUGCAUGUGGUGAUGACUUGACAUGAAAUAGAACUCAAAUGUACAACAUUUACAGGCGCAUAGCUAGGGCUAAUUUGGGAUUACGCCCAUCGAUGAAGGACAGCAUAUUAGCCCUUCCACCCCCUACCCCUUUUCUUUUUUCAUUUCAAAUUCAGGGUUUUUGGUAUAAUAAAAGUUUGACCUGUCAAAAUUUCCUUACGCAAGGGCAUAUUUUCAUACAGUCAGCUACGCGCAUGAUUUAAGAUGUGUGUUAUACCAGUAUAUUUUCCAUAUUUUCAAUGAGUGCUGUAAGAAAUUUAAGUUAUUCAGCUAAUUCAAUGGGACAGCCUCCGCUUAGACAAAGCAUAUCAAAUAUAAAUUUCAUUAUAAUAAAGCUAUGCUAAUUUUAGCCUGGGGAUGAGUGAGCAUGGAUUAUAUAUUUUCGUGCUACCAGGACAUGUAUGUCAAGCCAGGCACAUUUUCACUAAAUAAUGCAAGAAGUUGAAAUUAGUUUUCCUAGUUUGACAGACAGUAGAGCUGGGAACAUCUGACAUUUGAUCAAUAGUCCAGUAAUAUGACCCCAAAAUCCCUGUGAAUGGUGUAAAACCAGUGGCUAAGGGGAAUUUUGAAAUUGGUCAUUCAUUGGUGAACAUGUACUCUUGUGGUCUCGAAUACUUGCUUUGUAAUGUGGUGUGUAUUUUGUUUGUGGGUAUUUGAACUUUUAAACUACUGAAGCAAAAACUGUGCACUGCAAUUUAUGGGUAGUUGGAGGAACUCCACCUUAUGUUAAUAGAAGAAAACAAAUCGGUUCUAACUGACAAUAUAUUACUAAAGCAUUUAAAACAGUUUAGCUUAUAACACUCAUUUUACUGCAUAUUUAAAAUGCAGUUAAUUUUUAUUUGCAAUACUUAUGAGGUAAAUCUGGUUUAAUUACGUAUUCUAUAAUUUUAUAUUGUGCCAUAAUGUUGAUGUACAUUUGUGGUACUGAAACCUAAAUGUCUUUUUAAAGCAAUUAAUCAUAAUGACCCGGUUAGUUUAAGUUGACUUGCACUUGGUAUGAUGAAUAUUAUGCAGCAUACAAAAAACUGUGUCUGUCAUUAAACACAUUACAACAAAGAAAUUACCUUCAAAUGUUGAAAGACAAACGGUGAGUUAUGAAUUAUGUGAUGUCACUUUUCCUGGUUCAAAACAUUUUUUUUCAUUUAAUUUAUUUUUGAACGUCGGUGAUUGUAAGUGUAUAGGAAUAUCAUCCAGCCUACAAGUAUACUAAUGGCCAAAAGUCGUGUCCGGUAUGGGUUUCAUUUGUGCCUUGCAAAUCCUCAAUGCCAAUUUUCAACACAUCACUGUACCGGCAGUUCUGGCAUAAAUUCCAAAAUUCUUUUUUCAUUGAAUGCAAAUUAAUGUCCUCUUUUCAUCGAUACCAAAUUUAUGAGUGUGCGAUAUAAAACAAAACAGAUAUUGUAGUUUUUGUAGACCGGACAAGACUUUUGGCUAUAAGUAUAUAAAGUGAAAUUUCUCAGAUCUAUGAGUUUUCAACUGAAAUGCACCAAUAACAUGUACACACACAUACGCAUUCACACAGUGUACCUACACAUACAUGUACACAUAGUGUUUCACAACUGUCUAUCUUCUCUUUUAAUACACAAUUGUUUCAUUAGUUCACUUUUAUUUUGCUGACAAAACUUACUCUAUGCUGUAUAUUUAUUUUGAAAAAAAUCUUGAGAUUGUUUUUUCAUGUACACAUUCUGGUCUUAAUAUUAUUAAGUCUGAUCCUAUUUUUAGUUUGUAUGAAGUGUUAAAUCAUUUAAUAUAUUGUGAAGACUUGCAUCAUAUCGGUUAUCCUGUCAGUUGAAUGUGUAACUGUAUUAACUAUUUAUGAAUAUUCAAAGAUUUGAUGCAGUUUGCUUUUCACACAAUGGCUGCUUUUAGUGUUGUAGAAAUCUUUGAAGUCAAAGACUGAGAUGUCAUUUGAUAAUGUAUAUUUUAAUUCUGUAUAUUUGAGUGUAUAUAUUUUAUAAUGAUACAAUACCUUGCAUGUAUGUAGGGUUUCAAGUUUUGAACUAUGUCACAGUAUUUUUUCUGUGUUUUGUGUAGUGCAAGUGUUUUUUGAGAGCUUAGCGCACGACCGUUGUAAAACCUUCAAUUACUUUAUUCAGUUAGAACCAUCAUGCUAUAAGCCCGUGUUAAGUGUAUCUGGGCAUUUUCGAAGUAGUUUUAUAGAACGGAAUUAAGUAUAAAAGAUGUAUCCUUGCAAACUGUGUAGGGCAUUCAGACAAUUGGAGAAUAUAUAAUGAAUUUUAUAAUGACUGUCUCUGUUAGUAGAUUAUAAGGCUACCUAAAAUAUCUUCAUUACUGUGAAUUUGAUUUAUAUUUCAGAAUAAAUAAGAGCAAAGUAUAUUUUAUGUACGUGUAGAUGAACAAAUAAUAUUGAAAGUAAAGUUUAUUUAACACAAAAUGUGCUAUCAUAUUGAAAAAUAAAUAAAACUAUUAUUAUACACAGAUUAUCAAGAUUCUAAUACAUGUAUAAUUCAAAGUUUUUUUAAUACAAGCUCAAGUAGCAUUAUAUUAUAGUUACAUGUAGAACUUCAAUGGUCUUAAGGGUACUGAAAAUGAAUGAUAUAUUUUUCUGUUUAUCACCACUUUGAUGUACAAUACUGUGUACUGACAUAGCUGGUAGUAUCGGUCAGCGAUGGGAUUUUUAUAUGAAUAAUAUAUAAAUAUAUGUAUGUGUUAUAUAAUAUACAUACUUUUUUAUAUAAUUCUAUACAGGACAAUUGUUAUGUAUGUAAUUAUUAUGUAAUUAUGUAUAUAUAAUCCCCACCCCUGUCUGAUGCUGCCACCCAUGGUGCUAGGUACAUUACAAGCAAGCAUGCUAGAAUUAUUAAUUUUAUUAAUUGGGAAAGCAGGAACUUUCAUCUUUUUGAUAUCAGUUUUAUUAUUAAACAUUGUUGACAUACUUUGGAUGCUGUUUUAUUUUCUUAACAUUUUACAUUUGUGCUUUUAUGGCAUUUUUAAAGAAUUUUUCUGAGACUAGUUGGAAAUCAUGUUCAGAAUGUUCAAACCUGUUUGAAUAUGCGAUUGUAAUAACAUUCAGGAUUGAUUCUGAACAAAGGAUUGUGAGCUAUUAAUUUCAGACUUAAAAUAUCAUACAGUUGUAGAGUUGUGUUUUUUGGCUGAACAUUUUUUAUUAAAAAUAGAAGUACCCUGAAAUGGAAAUAAACAGAUUUAGAAACAAUUUUGUUUGGGGCUCAACCCUGCUUCGACCCCUAAUCCCUCUUACUCUGACAAAAUCUACAGGAUCUGGAUUUUUUUCUUUUAUCAUUCUUUUCUGUGUGCUACAGAGUAUGUUUCCAAGGUUGUAUGAGAAUUCCUAUACUUUAUUGUAUAAUCUUUUCAUGUUCUAAAACUUGUGAUAACAAGUUGAUAAUAUGUUAAAUGCUUAUGUAAAAUAGCAGAUUUAAUAUACUCAAUCGCAGUUUUAAAUGUAAAAUUGAUGUUUUAUCUUUGUAAUAUUCCAGUAUGUAGAUGCUUUAGUUCAGUUUUAUUCUGUUUGUCAGAGGUGUAGACAAUGUCUGCCAAUUUUUCGAGAUACUUGCGUCUCUUGCAAAAACAAUUUAGCUGUGAGAAAAUGUAGAAAUGCCGAUGGGGUUUGGUUUUAUCUUUUAACUGUUGCUAUAGUUACCAAUUUUUACCUCAUUUUAUAGAAAACAGAUUUCGCGUGCCCCAUGUUGUGAAUACGCAAUGCUGCAAUUGAAAUAGUUAAGAUAUAUUAGUUCUGUGUCAGAAGUUAACACUUUUAACUGUGUUGUGUUUUUAGUUUUAUGGGUCUGCCAAAUUUAAGAGGCUACUUGUAGUUUUUGUGGUAAUCAUUUUCAUUUUGCAUUCUCGUGCACUUGUUCAUUUUUCUCAGCAAAAAAACCAACUUAUUUUUGUUAUGUUAUUUCUUAUUUUUGUACACCAGUCAUUCUUGGCAAGUAAUUGGUAUUUUACUUGCUUUUGUAAAACGUUUGUUCGACUUGUAUAAAAUAACAAAAGAUGUCCAGUACCGAU